AUGGAUUUCUGCCUUCAGCCAAGAGAUCCGGGACCAUGCAAUAAAACUGAGAAACGAUUUGGGUAUAAUCCCGAGAGUGACACGUGCGUUGAAUAUGAAUACGGAGGUAGUUCAGUCAGCACUUAUGAUCCUAUAUCAUACAAUUUGAAUAAACUCAAACGUAUUGUGAAGAAGUUCGAAUCUCUUACUUCAUCCAAGAAAUACACUGACAAGUGCACUAUUGUUUUGAUCGAUUCCUAA